AAAAAAGACCACAUACAUAGAACAAUCACCAUUCAUUGAUACAAAUAUUUCCUCCAACACCUACCGGGUAGUCGACAACAUUUUUCCAAGUCUUCCACUCUCUUCUGCCUCACCAUGUCCUCCCUCACGAUCAACGACACCCUUGCGCUACCCAAUUCCUCCGUACGCAUACCCCGCCUAGGUUUCGGGGUCUACCGGUCGUCUCCAUCGGUGUGUGUGCAGUCAUGCCUCACUGCCCUCCAAGCUGGCUACCGCCACAUCGACACUGCCCAGUUCUACGCCAAUGAAUCCCAAGUCGGCGAAGCUGUAAAGAAAUCGGGUCUUCGCCGCUCCGACAUCUUCGUCACCACAAAGAUCCUCUCUGCAGGUGGCAGCGUGGAGAAAUCAUAUCAAAAGUGCGUGGACAGUGUAAGCAGGAUAGACGAAGGCACAGGGAACAACAAAGGCUAUGUGGAUUUGUUCCUGAUACACAGUCCCAAUGCUGGAAGCAAAGCUCGGAAAGAGAUGUGGCAGGCGCUUGAGAAGUUGUACGAGGAAGGCAAGGCAAGGAGUAUAGGCGUCAGUAACUUCGGGGUUGGUCAUAUCGAGGAGAUGAAGAGCUAUGCAAAGGUCUGGCCACCGCAUGUCAAUCAGAUUGAGUUACACCCAUGGUGCCAACAACGGACUGCAGUGGAAUACUGCCACAAGCAGGGAAUCGUCGUCGAAGCGUACUCACCCCUGGUGCGGAACUAUAAGGCCAACGACCCAGUCCUGGUCGGAUUGGCAAAGAAAUACAACAAGACUACCGCUCAGAUAUUGAUCCGAUAUUGCUUGCAGAAGAACUGGGUGCCGCUGCCGAAGAGCGACAAUGCGGAUCGAAUAAAGCAGAACGCGGACGUCUAUGGGUUUGAUAUCGCGGCUGAUGAUAUGAAUACUCUUGACUCGCUGGACCAGGGAGAUGCAGGUGCAAUUGUACAGGCUGUGAGCAACUCGUGAAGAUUUGAAGAACAGAACAGAACGGGUAGGACGCAAAGUUCAGGCUAGAAAUGAAUCUGGCGUGAUGUCCCCGAAAACAAGAACUUCGAAUACAUUUAACCACCAACGUGCGGCGGCCUUCUGACUACUGCUUAGCGAUUGAAAUCAACAAAGCAAAGUCCACGUCGCUUCUUCUCCAUCUCGCAGUUAACCGCGUGUCAAAAUUUAUGAUCACUAUCCACAAUCCAGCCUUGAAGCCACCCCAGGGCGGGAUAUCUCUCCUUCCUUCAGAUGGUCUACAAGAUGUGUCCGAAGUUCUCCUUUUCCGCCACGUCUUGAAAGAUCAAGGCUUGCAAUCAUGAUACCUGACUCACGGCUCAGCAAAGGAGG